GCGGGCGGCUUCGGGUCUCCGGGACAGGUGGGUGCGGAGCGCAGCCGCGUCGUCCUGGGCGUUCGGGGCCUGCCCGGACCCCGCCGCGCGCCCGCGAUGUCCCGGCAGCUCCGCGCGGCGGCCGCGGUCCUGGCGUCCCUGGCGGUAAUUUUGCAGGAUGGCAGUCAAAUGAGAGCAAAGGCGUUUCCGGAAGCCAGAGAUUAUUCUCAGCCCACUACAGCAGCAACAGGACAGGACACAGCAAAACCUGUCCCGCAGCCAGCUAACCAAGCACCUCCCCAAACUUCAGCAGCAAGACUGGUGGACGGUCACAUCACCUCUCAAACAGCGUCCACAAUGAAAACCCCAACAACCACCGAAACCACCAGCCCAAUUUUCCAUACCCUGGUCACAACCCAGGACACACCCAACAACUCACACACGGCUGCUCCAGUUACUGAAGCGACGGGCGGCCCCAGCUCAGCCCCUCGUUCACAGCCAGCCGCCACCAUCACCCCACCGGCUCAUACAACCGGAACCAGUUCAUCAACUGUCAGCCACACAACUAGGAACGCCACCCAACCCAGUAACCAGACCAUCCUUCCAGCAACGUUACCCACGACACCACGCAAAAGCACAGGCGGCCAGAAGCCCGUUCAACCCACCCAUGCCCCAGGCACAACUGCGGCCACACAGAAUACCACCGGGACAGCCCCGCCUGUCUCCACCGUUCCUGCACCCACCCUCGCCCCUCAGCCGACGUCUGCCAAGACUGGAACUUACCAGGUUCUGAAUGGAAGCAGACUCUGUAUAAAAGCAGAAAUGGGGAUACAGCUGAUCGUUCAAGACAAGGAGUCGGUUUUUUCGCCUCGGAGAUACUUCAACAUCGACCCCAACGCGACCCAAGCCUCUGGGAACUGUGGCACCCGAAAAUCCAACCUUCUGUUGAAUUUUCAGGGAGGAUUUGUGAACUUCACAUUUACCAAGGAUGAAAAAUCCUAUUAUAUCAGUGAAGUGGGAGCCUAUCUGACUGUCUCAGAUCCAGAGACAGUUUACCGAGGAAUGCAACACGCCAUGGUGAUGUUCGAGACAGCAGCCGGGCACUCCUUCAAGUGUGUGAGUGAACAGAGCCUCCAGCUGUCAGCCCACCUACAGCUGAAAACAACCAACGUCCAGCUUCAAGCCUUUGAUUUUGAAGAUGACCGCUUUGGAAAUGCGGAUGAAUGCUUCAGAGACAGAAACAGGAGAGAAAUCCCUGUGGCCCUGGGCCUGAGUAUCACAGGACUGCUUGUCAUUUUGCUAACUGCAUGUCUGGUGGCCAGAAAGAGGCCCAGUAGAGGAUACGGACGCAUGUAAAGCCCCACUUUCUUCAAAAUGUGCAAGCUUAAGGCCCUGGGAAUUCUGGCAUCAUAUUCAGUCCGAAGUGAAAGGACUGGCCUCCCAUUGCCUGUUGCAGCCUCCUGAGCUGAUUAGGCAACCUCACUUUCCACCAAAGGGCUGUCCCUGGGCCGGGAAACAGCACCUCCCACCUUCCUCCUGUCGGCUUGGGGAGGCCAUGUGGGUGUGCUUGAAUAUACCAGGGCUGGCUCCCAGAAUUAGGGGCAAUAGGCAGAGACUUGAGCAGGGCGCUUGUGAGGAGGAGAAAGCAAAAACCCGGAGGGAGAAUUGUGGGGAAGGCAUUUGCAAAUGGACUGAUUUUUCUUACACAUUUUCAGGAGUCCUGAUUUUCAGCUUCUAAAAACAUUACUUUAAAAAACCUAUGCAUUUCAAAGUUGAUUACAAAAUGAUUUAAACUCCUGGAUUUUACCUACAUUUUGGUUUACUUAAAUUACAGAUGAUCUUAGUAUACCAUUAUUAUUUUUUUUAAUCCUGCUUUAUUGUAAUGUAUUAUUAGUUUAAGAAAUUAGGAAACAGCCUAUUUCACUUUUUUUAAUUUAAAGCACAUCAUAGCAAAAGAUGAGGGACUCGGUAAGUGUGAGCUCUUCAGUUCCUUCAGCUGCACGUGUUGUCUGCCAUCUUAGCUACUGUUUUCCUGGUUUGUCAGCUUUUCUUUCAUGCUGUUUUAUUAUUGCAAAUGUGUCCACUUGGAUCAUUGCAGAAGAGGACGUAGGCAGGCCUGCCGGGAGGAUCACGCACUCCCCUUUUCUGCAAACAUUCACCAAAAGCAGUACAUUCCUGAUUGGGGGGCAGUUGAGAGCCGAGGGAGAAAUUCUAUUAAAAUAUGGCUUAGGAUGUUAUUCACGGUUUUCUAUUACAUCGAUCGGGGUUUUUCGUUCUGAGAAAAGGGAGAGAAAUGUUCUUGAUUGAUUCUACUGACUGGAAGUUUUCUUGUUUUUCCAAAUUUUCCAGAGGUGCCAUUCAGUAUUUUUUAACAUGACAUUUACGGAAUUUGGCAACAACUCUCAAACUACUGCUUCCUUAGGAAAUGUACUGGCUCUCCCGGGAGGCAUGUUUGCUCUCUUGGCUUUCUUAGAAGUGGAGCUGUGGGGAGGGCGAACGGCAGAGCACUGAGGGCCCCUGAAGAUGUCCCGAGUGCCAGGAAAUGUCUCUACCUCCUUCACACAGGAAAUGUGGAUGGCAAUGUGAUAUGAGGACCUGGGAGUUCCGCAGAGUGACUCCGGCUCAACAGCAAGAGCUGGGCUUUGGAGGGCUGCAGUCUCCUUCCACCUCUUUCCUCAAACUGGCACCUGCUCCAGCCUCCCCUGUACCCAAUGUUAAGGGCACUUGAAAGUUCUGUGUUGCAGAGCACGAGGUGUUUAUUCACCGGCCACUAGCCUUCUGCAGAACGAUUAAUGUAAGAUUUCUCUUCUAGCAUAUGGAAAUUUCUCCAUGGCACACAAAACAAGAAGCAGAAUUUAAAGUCAAGUGUAGCGGGAUGUGACCAGUCACUUAAAUUUAAUUUUCCUUCCUACCUUCUACAGUGAGUUCUUCUGGGUGAUGGCCCCUGCUGGGACGCCUGCCACUUACUUCCCCAAUCCCAAUGCCAAUUAUUCUUAAAAUUAAUAUGAAUUAGCACCCUGUUAAUCACAGAAAGCCAAGGUUUCACUGGAAUGGCCAAUCGGUAAACACUUGGAUGUGUAAUUUACUCACAGCCCUGCCCACUUUCCAGGUGGAGAGCAGAGGGGCCACAGAGUGCUGAGAGUUCCUCAGCUGCCUGCCCUUCUAACUGCACACAUCCACCCUAAGAAGCCUGCGAUGAAAGGGAAAAAAAUUCUGUGAACUCCUCCAUUACUAAAUCUGGAAGAGUAAAAAAAUUGUGGGUUGCUUUAUCUUCUUUUCUAACCUAGGAUAAGGACUGGGGAGAGUAAAGGUAAGGACUGAUGGGGGUGAGCCGGGGAAGCAGCCCCAAAGCAGAGGGUUGCUCUAGGCUGCAGCCAGCUUGCAUGCUACAAAAAAGAGGAUAGAAGCCAAGUACCUAGCCCAAAGGGAAAUAUUGACUGAUCUCAGAUGCCUUGGAAAGAGACGGUAAUUCACCCAAAUGGCAUGGCAGGAAAUGGAAUUUCUGAACUGACACACUCAGGCAUGAGCAAGAUGAAAGCAAAUUGCACGGCCGCCGUGCAAAACUACUCCAGCAGCAGAGCAGUAAGAACAGUGUGAAAUUAAGACAAGGAGCUGCGCUGUAUUCAUUUGCUAAGGCUGUCUUAACAACUUGCCACAGUCUGGAUGCCGUAGAUAACAGAAAUUUAUAUUCUCACGAUUCUGGAGGCAGCUUUACCUUUCCUGAAGCUUCUCUCCUUGGCUGUACAUGGCCUGUGUCUGCACCUGGUCUUCCCUCUGUACCUGUCUGUAUCCAAAUGUCCUGUUUGUGUAAGGAUUCCGUUCGUAUUGGAUAGAGGCCCACCCCAAUGACCCUAUUUUAACUUAACGGCUUCUUGAAAGACCCUGCAUCCUAAUACAGCUAUGUUCUGUGGUCCUGGAAGUUAGGACGUCAACAUGUAAAUUUGGGGGCAGGGAAGGGACACAAUUUAGUCCAUAACAGAAAGUUAGAAGUGAAAAUAGUAAAAUGCAAAGAAAACAUAAUUCAAGGAACAGAAAGAAAGUCCUGACAAUUGCUUUAUGCUGAGAAUCACUUAAUGUGAAUUCCAAGUAAUCAGAGUUUAAAGAUAAGAUGUUAAAAUAAAAGACUAAGAAAACAAGAUGAAUGUCAAAACAAUACACUAUAUAAUGUCUAGAAACAGUAAGAGGCAGAAUGAAUAUGGAGGAAAUUAUGUUAUUUUCACAGAGAGAAUGACUGAGAUCAUGACAGGUAAUACAGAUAAACCUUACGAUCAAAGCAUUACAGGGAAGCUACUAGAUACAGAAGUAUAAUUGGUGCUUGUGACAUAGAGGCCUUAAAAAUAGAAUGAAGAUAUAUUCGAAGAUGUAAGGAAAUUUCUUUGAGAUAACUAAUUGAAGUUGGGAUUAAAAGAGUACAGCUUAUCCCAAAAAAGAAUUGAUACAGGAAGUUCAACAUAUCUGAAGCAAGCUAUAAAACUUCAAACAGCGGCUCACGCCUAUAAUCCCAACACUUUGGAAAGCUGAGGU